UUAGUAACACUGCUAAAUACGUCAUGCGCAAAACAAAAAAAAUAUAACGGGCCUUGCCAAAAAAUAAAUGUAACGAGUUUUUAGUUCCUCUUUUGGGCCGAGCCCAUCACUUUAAACCCUCGACCUCCGUCUUUCUCUUUCUUCACCGACAACCACCACGGCGACAAAUCCCCGAUCGAUCAAUUUCCUCGGCGGGAUACCAUCCUGUGUCUCCUCGUUGCUUAUCUCACUGUAACUCUCUUUUUUAGCUCGCCGGAGAACUGUCGGAGAUAAGUUGAUGUGGCUGAGCCGGGCGGUUCCCGUUCGAUAUUUGGGAUCCUAUCGAAGAACUCAAAAACCGCCAUGGAUGAGAUAUCCUGUUGUCUUCUACUCAGAUUAUACGGAGAAGAAAGAAAAAGUCGCGCCUAUGCAGGAGACUAGAAUGAGAGAUAGGUUUACGCUGUACGCAAGAGGCGGUGAAGGUGGCAGUGGUUGUUCCAGCGUCCGCCGGAGCCGUACCGAUCGCUACGGAAAACCUGAUGGUGGAAAUGGUGGGAGAGGAGGUGAUGUGAUCUUAGAAUGCACACACGCAGUUUGGGAUUUCAGCGGAUUACAACCCCAUGUUAAAGGUGGGAAAGCUGGACAAGGAACUUCCAAGAACAGGAUUGGAAACAGAGGAGAAGACAAGGUCCUGCAAGUGCCUAUUGGGACGGUUAUUCAUCUUCAAGAGGGUGAGAUUCCAUCUCAGGUUCAAGUUGACUCUCCCAAAGAUUUGGAUCCAUGGGACCUUCCUGGUACACUGGUUGAGGAUCCUGCAUCCGAGGAGAACCCUGAUCUUCAUCAAGAAAUUACGCAACACUCUGUUCAAGUUGAACCUGAGAAAGAAAGUGUAAAAAGACAUGUAGGCACGCCAGAGGAAUUUGAUUUUGAAGACGAUGAAGGAGACAUCGAUCAAGUCAAGUAUAAUGUUGCGGAAUUAACAGAACAAGGUCAGAGAUUAAUCAUUGCUCGUGGUGGUGAAGGCGGUUUGGGUAGUGUUUCCGCAACACGUUAUGUAAGAGGCACCAAGUUCGGUAAAACAGCGAUCCGUCAAAACAAGUUGAGGAGCAUGGAGGACGAAGCUGAUGAUGAGGAUGAUGAUGAUGAUGAUAAUGAACACUCGAGUAUUAAAUCUGGUUCCCUCGGUUCCGAGGCUGUCCUGAUAUUAGAACUCAAGAGCAUUGCUGAUGUUGGACUUGUCGGGAUGCCAAACGCCGGGAAAAGCACGCUUCUUGGUGCGUUAUCACGUGCUAAGCCCCGCGUAGGCCAUUACGCGUUCACGACGCUUCGUCCCAAUUUGGGGAACGUAACCUACGAUGACUUCUCCAUGACGGUAGCGGAUAUUCCGGGGCUCAUAAAAGGAGCUCAUCAGAACCGAGGGCUAGGGCAUAACUUUCUCCGCCACAUCGAACGUACCAAAGUGUUGGCUUACGUUGUGGAUUUAGCAUCGGGGCUAGACGGUUGCAAGGGAGUUACACCGUGGCAACAACUGAGAGAUUUGGUGAUGGAGCUUGAGUUCCAUGAAGAAGGGUUAUCGGAUAGGUCGUCUGUGAUCGUGGCGAAUAAGAUCGAUGAGAAUGGCGCGGAUGAGAGAUUGGAACAACUUGAGAGGAGAGUGAAAGGAGUGAGGAUAUUUCCGGUUUGUGCGGUUCUUGAAGAAGGUGUGGCUGAGCUUAAAGAUGGUUUGAAAAUGCUUGUAAACGAUGAUCGUGAGGGAUCGGAGAGACUAAAAUUGGAGAAUAUCUGUGUUGACUAGUUGAGUUUUACUUGUUGUCAAGUAUCCAAUCAAAUUUUCAGAUUUUAGGUUCUCUUGAAAAAUAGGAGAACAUUUCUUCACUUUUAUUUUAUCUUUGCAAUAUUUAUGAAAAAACACAAACUUUUCUGUUAAGUGAAUGUACACAAAUUCUACUGU